AUGGAAGAAAUAUAUAGAGCUGCACAGAAGCUUUUAUCUGGUCCAAAAGAUGAGCUUCUCAAAGAGUUUGGCCUCUGUGAUGUUGAGAAUGUUUUCUGGACCUUCCGUGGUUCAGAUAUACAUAGAGCUCUUUCAUUUGAUCGCCUUCAUGCUUAUCAUGGCAGUCUUUUCUCAGACCACUUGCUGCCAGAAGUAAAAGGACAUAUCAAUGAGCUUGGAAAGGAGUCUGCCAAAUUGCUUGAUACUCAUGGCCUCAAUCAUUUUAGUGGCAUUAUGAAAACAGAAUUUGCUGAUGGAUCAAAGUAUGAGGAUAUAUCAAAGAUUAUUGUCUUUGCAGCCCACAACAUUCUCUCCAAGAAUGUUUCAAAGGAAGGAUUUCAUCUCCUUAAACUAAUCCGGAGUUAUUUAGAGCUGGACAUGUAUGUAUCAUUGACAGUGCACACUGAAUCCACCAUUGCAGCAGGUCGGGCUGAACUACUUGUCUUCGAGACAUUGCUACAUGAAUAUAUGGCAAUGAAUACUGAAAAAUCAUGGAACUUUCCCAAAGCUCAUAGCCAUCAGCAUGUUUUUGCAGUACUUUACAGUGCCCCUCCCAUUCCUGCAGGAUUCCGGUCAUUCCUGCGGAUUCCGGUGGAUUCCAGAGGAAUGGGACCGGAAUCUGCUGGAAUCCACAGGAAUCCACAGGAAUGGGAGCGGAAUCCGCAGGAAUGGGACUGGAAUCCGCAGGAAUGGGACUGGAAUAGAAGUAAAAUCACAGAUACAACAUACAUUUACACCAAUACACACUUCUGCAUACUUCUCUCAGUACUUUUUAAGCUGAUCAGUUUUCAGUAUUAG